GAUUUAUGUCGGCGGUAUAAAAACAUCGCACAGCUGAGAUCCCGCAUAUUUCCCUUUAAGGGAGCGCAGUGAUGAGUCGCUGGGAAACAACGGCGGAAACCCACCGGCUAUUUAUUAUGUGUCACGUUUUUUUUUGUCCAUGUUUAAUCUGAUGAGAUGGUAGAAGAAUAUAUAUUUUGUUUAUUGUCGAAUUUGCCUUGCCUUGACCCCCGAGGAGGAGGUCCUUAAUUCUGGGAUGGCCCAGAUGGAGCUGGCAUGUGAAAACCCUCCAUUUGAAGGACGCGUUUCUUUUUUUGUCUUUUCUCCCACUAAUGAUUGAUGUUGAAAAAAUAGGAUUACAAAGAACAACGGGUGAGUUUUUAUUUUUGUACCGUGGAUGACAAGAGGAAAGUAAAUCUGAUGGCGACGAGCCGCGCGUCGUAGCUCCGCCGUGACGAUGUGAUCACACCGGGGUCCCUGCCGCUGCUUUCCCGUCCGAGUAGCUCACAAUGCCGCGCGCCCUGCGGAGGCUGGUCCACCCGGUGCUCUUCUGCCCUCUGUUCAAAGGGCUGCAGAGCCGCCUCCCGGCCAUCAAGGUGAAGUACCUGCUGCUGGCUUGGCUGGGCGUCCUGGUGGCCAGCUGGGUGGUCUACAUGCAGUACGCCUCGUACUCUGAGCUCUGCCGCGGGCACGUCUGCCACAUGGUCAUCUGCGACCACUACAGGCGGGGCGUCGUGUCGGGCUCGUCCUGCAAGGCGCUGUGUGAUCAGAGAACUCUGACUCUGCAGCACUGCAGGUCCACCUCGGCCACGCACCAGGUGUAUGGCGCUCUGUGGAAGGAGAGAGUCGUGGUGAUCAAGUGUGGGAUUGAGGACCCGGGGAAGCCGGACGGGGCUCCGGACUCGCUGCUGCGGCAGGAGACGAGUUUAUACGACAAACCCACCCGAGGAACCUCCAUGGACGAGUUCAGAGAGAUGCUGCACAGUUACCUCAAGGCUAACCUCGGGGAGCAGCCGUCUCUGGCCACCUUGGUGGACCGGGUCGUCGCCCUCGCCGACGUCAACCAGGACGGCAAAGUGUCUCUGGCUGAGGCCAAGUCCGUGUGGGCGCUGCUCCAGAUCAACGAGUUCCUCCUGAUGGUGGCGCUGCAGGACAAGGAGCACACGCCCAAGCUGCUGGGCUUCUGCGGAGACCUGUACGUGACGGAGCACGUGGGCCACAGCUCCCUCUACAGGCUGGAGGUGCCCCGCUACCUGCAGCCUCUGGUCCCGGAGGCCCUGACCUCCAGCCUGAACCACUGGCUGGCCCCGGCGUGGCCCCGCAGGGCCCGCAUCACCAUCGGCCUGCUGGAGUUCGUGGAGGAGGUCUUCCACGGCUCCUACGGCAGCUUCCUCAUGUGCGACGCCAGCCACCGCCACGUGGGCUACAACGCCAAGUACGACUGCAAGAUGGCCGACCUGCGCAGCGUGGCGUCCGAGGCGGCGGUGCGCGGCUUCAUGAAGGGUCGCCGGUGCGACACCAACGCCGACUGCACCUUCGGCCGCGACUGCACGGCCACCUGCGACCGGCUGGUGAAGCAGUGCAACACGGAGGUGGUGCGGCCCAACCUGGCCAAGGUGUGCGCCCUGCUGCAGGACUUCCUGCUCUUCGGGGCGCCGGCCGACCUUCGCGGCGACCUGGAGAAGCAGCUGAGCACGUGCGUGACGCUCAGCGGCCUGGCGAGCCAGAUGGAGGUGCACCACUCGCUGGUGCUCAACAACCUGAAGUCGCUGCUGUGGAAGGAGAUCUCCAACACGCAGUACUCUUAGCCAAUCACGGGGCGGGGUUUAGUAUUAAUGUAUUUUUUCUUUCUGCAUCGACUGUGAAGAACAGGAAACUGUGAAAUACUGAUUAUAUGUGAAGGAGACUUUUUUGUUGUCUUUUUUGGUUUUCUAAUGCAUUAUUUUGAGAAGCACAUGUAUGUUUCGUUGUUAUACUCUCAGGGCUCUGCCUGAGAGCUCCUUUGUAAGAUGAUCCGAGUAGAUUUAGUUUCAUUAAACCCUCAUUGGUCUUUCCCCGUAGAGGCAGAAUGUCUCAAAUGUGACUUCUUUUUGUACAGCUGUGGAUAUCGGUAGAGCUUUCUUUGUUUCCCGUGUGUGUGAAAUUACUCUAACGGAUCGAAUAAUGCAUAUAUACAGUCGCACGCCGUGGUAUUGAUAUCUGAUACCGGUCAUGUGUUUCAUUUGUAACUGAGGGUCAGACGUUGAACUUGAAUGAACCUUUUGAAUCCAUAAAUAAACAGAUGGUUUUCGAACUA